AUGGCAGCAGUUCAAGUCUAUUCAGAUGCAAUCAGAAAAACACUAGAAGCUACAUUAUGCUUGAGAGCAUUCCCCUCAGAAAUCAUUGAAAAGCAAAGCAAACCAGAAAUCGAAUUGAAUGGUUAUUCAUCAAAAACCAGACAACUAGUUCUGUCACCCAUAUAUCUGUGCAGAAGUGAAAAGGAGAAAUGUGUUAUUGAGCCUUCAAUUAAUUCAACAAGAAUCAGCUUCUCAAUUAAGGCUCUAGAUGAAGUAGAUAGAUUGAUAGGUGAAAAAUUUGCCAAAUAUUUGGCAGUCAGAGCCGAUUAUUUUGAAAUUUUAAGAAGGAAACCAAUUCCAGGAUAUGACAUAAGUUUCUUGAUUUUGGAUUCUCAUUUAGAAAAAUACAAUGUUCAAGGGAUUAUUAAUUUUAUUAUAGAUUAUGUGGAAAAUAUUGAUAAGGAUCUAAGUGACAUCAAAUUGAAUAUAAACACUUAAGCAAGAAUUACGGCUGCUUGCUUUGUAGGAGGAUUAGCAAAUUAAUGAGUAUUAAAUAAAAAAUUAUAUAUAAUCAGUUGAUCAAA